AUGUUUGCUGAAACUUAUAAUGUUAUUGAUGCUUGCCCAAUAUUUGCAUAUAAUGAAAAUUUAACCUUCUUGUUAAAGGACACCAAUAAGGCUCUAAACAACUUUCUCUUUCAUCGGGAAAAUCUUUGCUACAUUGAUGAAGAAACUCAUCAUUUGACUUCAGUGAAAGAAGUUGAGGAUGAAGCUAUUAGAAAUUACAGACAGGAUGAAAAAACUCAAAUUGUGAUAUCAGAAAAGUCACUACAACUAUAA